UCCACUUAAGCAGCCCAAAAGAAAAAAACGGAUCAGCUGGGGUUUUUCCCCUGGAACGAGCAGCAACACGAAAGGGGGAUCUAUUAUUUUCUUUCUCUUCAGAAUGAGCCAGUAGGAGCUCAUUUUUUUUCUCUGUUCGUAGAAAGGCAGCCGCACCAGGUUUUCUUCUCAGUUCAUUUUAGUUACAAGCAGUCGCAGGGGAGGAAUCCUUUCUGUUCCUUGUCACUUAGCCACAACAAGUAUUUCUUUUCUUCUUUUGGAAUUAGCCGUAGCAACAAGAAAGAACCAAGGAGGUUCCUCAACUUCAUCUUUUACAUUACUAGUUCUAGCUUUUGGAUUGAAUUUCGAAUUUAUAUGUCUCCAACUAAUAAUAUAAUAUCAGAAUUUUUCCAUCUUUCUUUGAUAUAAUUCAGUUUUUAUUUCUAGCUCAUUAUCAUGUUUAUCAAUAUUAUUGUGAUGUUAGUUUUAAUUAUGAGUAGCUAAUUUCACAUAGGGUUUGAAUUGAGGCUAGGGUUCAUGGGUUCCUAAGGGUGUGAAUUUAGUUUUUUGAAAUUCAAUUAAUUUUCUGGUAAAUUGUAUAAGAUUAAUCAUAAUUGUCUAUAUGCAUUUGAUCACCUCAUAUAUGAAUUUUUGGAUUUAAUUCAAUUCUUGUCUAUGAGAAAUUGAGUUAAAUUAGCUUGGGUCUUAUACAAGCAAUCUCAUCUUAGAAAUAAGUUAGGAUUGUGAAAAUUUGAUUUAAUUCUUGUCUAUAAGAAUUUAUUUCAUUUUCUUUCCAGGAACAAUUGAAAAUUAAUUUACUUAAUUCUAAUCUCGAAAGAACACCCAGAACCCGAACCAUCCAAUUUGAACCCUGUUUUAAAAUCUAGAAUCACUUUAAUUUUGUUUCUUCACUCUAUUUAUUUUUCCACUUGAUUUUUUUUAAAACCACCCAAAAUCAUUAUUUGGAAAGAUUACCAUGACUUGUGCUAGCCUGUGAUCACGGACUGUAUUUAAAAACUUCCUUUUUGCCACUCCUUGAGAGACGAUACUCGUGGUCUGGUUAUUCUUUGGAUUAGCCAACUACGUUUUACUUCACAAAAAAAACAUUGGAUUAAAUGGCGUCGUUGCCGGGGAGUGGCACGGUUGUUUGUUAAGUACUUUUCUGUGGAAUAGGUAAAAGCAAGUCGGUGAGACUUUCUAUUUUUUUCUGUUAUUUGUUUUUGUUUUUGGUGUUCUUUGCACGUGAACUAAGCUGCAGGAACAAGUGUAUGCGCACUCGCUCCUCGGGGGAACAAGAUCUAUUUGAAGGGUAUUCUAAUCCUAAACGCUUAUUCCGAGGAAGAGCUAAAAGGCGAUUGCUAGAACACUUGGAGAAAAUGGCUGAUCAGACAACUCUAGAGACGUUGAUGCCUAAUUAUGUGGCGAGAAAUAGCAUUGGGGCACCCAGCAUUGAGGCCAACAAUUUUGAAAUCAAGCCGGCCAUGAUUCAGAUGCUUGCUAAUAAUCCAUUAUGUGGAUACACUCAUGAAGAUCAAAUGGAGCAUAUUGAGAGCUUUAUUCAGACUUGUGCCACGUUCAAAUAUAAUGGAGUGUCCAGCGAAGCAGUCAGGUUGACUUUAUUUCCAUUCUCGUUGAAAGACAAAGCUUCACGGUGGCUCCGUAGCUUUCCACACGGGCACUUUGAAACAUGGGAGAAGCUUCAUCAGGCAUUUAUGCAGGAGUAUUUUCCUCCCUCUGCCGCUAUCAAGGUUCAGACAGAAAUUCUCAAUUUCACUCAAGCUCCGACCGAAUCUUUCAGUGAAGCGUGGGAUAGGCUGAAGAUGUUGAAAAGGAAGUGCCCUGAAACAUUCAUGAAUGCAACCACAAUUAUGUGCAGAUUUUAUAAUGGUUUUCAGUUGGAGUAUAUGAGAGAACUCGACUGGGCAUCUCAAGGGGGUAUGUUUCUGAAAUUAUCCCCACAGGCAGAAGAGCAAAUAAUUGAAAACUUUGCUUCAAAUGACAAGUAUUGGUACGCGGGUAAAGAGAGAGCUCAAAAUCCACCCGGUUUGCUCAAUCUUGAUCCCAUCACUGCACUUACAGCGAAGAUUUAGGGACUGGUAGUGGACGUGAAAGACUUGAAGGCACAGACUUCUCAGCAGCAGCAGGUCCAUAAUAUUGGAGCAUAUCAGCCCUCUUAUCCUAUGUAUUCUGCCCCACUUCAUGUUCGAGCAAGCUAUCCAAGUCCAACCGGCCAAGAACUCGCUUUAUCUUGCGAGAUGUGCAUGGGAUCAGCUCACCUCACUCACACAUGUCCUCUUUAUGUUCAGAAUCAGGCAUCACCAGUGGUCCAGAACGUCAAUUUCAUGGAAUAUGGUCAAGGCCAGAGAGGAGGUGGACAGUUUUUCAACAAUCAAGGUUAGAGAGGAAACUUUCAGCAAGCAGGAGGCUCGUGGAGGCCUGAAAAUCAGAAUCAAGGGCAGCGGAAUGCCCCUAAUUUUCAAGGAAAUUACCAGAAUAGAGGCCAUCCAAACCAGCCCGCUUAUAUUCCGCCUCAUCAAAGACAGCUUGAGUCACCUCUUGUAAAUGCAGUGUUGGAGAAAACAGUGGCUGAAUUAGCAAAAAAUCAAGUGGAGAUGCACCAGCGUUUCAGCAACCUAGAAGCUCUUAUCCGCUAGCUUGGUUCGGUUGCUCCACGAGACCAAGGCAGCCUUCCGAGUUCAACAGAACCCAAUCUGAGGGAGCAUGUGCAGGCUGUUACGCUACGAAGCGGUAGAACCAUUCCUGAAGUUGAUACUAUGCCAUUGCCUCUGCCACAUCAAAGCGAUGACCAGCAACCUCAAGGCUCAGAUUCCCAGGAAGUUGAAGAAGAACCAGUGGCUGCCCCUAUUCUUGCAAAGAGUAAUGAAACUUGUUAGAACUUUUAUUGUGAGUCAAGUUUGUCUGUAAUGUCUUGUUUAAUAAGGUAGACUAGUUAUACCAUUUAUGAUAUUAGAUUAGUAAUCAUUUUGUAAUAAAUAGGUUAAAGGGAAUAAGGCCCAAAAAGGCCUUGGCCCAAACCUCAAGGUUUACCUAAAUCGGUAACCUGUACAGUGCCUAUAAAUAUGCGCCUUGUGUACAAGAACCGAUAUCGAUCAAUAUAGCUCUUAGCCUUACGCUGCCAAAAUAGUUCUCGAGACAAUAGAAGAAGAAUAUCAC